AUGAAGUGGCAAAAGCUACGACGGAAAAUGCUCGACGAUUCUUUCGACUACGUGAACAAGUCAAUGACGAGAAGACGGCUUCACCUGUUGAAAUGCAGACUGAAAAACCAGGAAAUUGAAGGAUCUGUUGUAUUAAACGGUGGAGAUGGAGAAGGUGGAGGGCAGUUGCUCCGUGUCGCGACGGCUUUAGCUGCUGUGACGCAACGUAUUGUUCGUGUGCAUUCCAUCCGUGCGAACCGAAAGGCUCCCGGUUUAAGGAACCAACAUUUGAGUACGAUUGAGCUGGUGGCUGCUUUGUCAGCUGGUGGAAAACUGUCAGGUGCGCGGUUAAACUCAACAGAUCUCACAUUCGAUGCACGAUCAGCGCUAUUGACUGGUGCUAAAGGAGGGGCCUUUAGUGCCGCCUCACGUACCGGUGGCAGUAUCUCUUUGAUGCUUCAAGGUGCAUUCCCAGUAUUGACUUUCCGCGACAGCUCGACGGAAUUAAGCUUACGUGGUGGUACACACGUUGGCUUUAGCCCGACGAUAGACUUCAUGCAGGUUCCUCUUCGUUCCCUCCUUGCACGUUUUGGUCUCAACUACAAUUUAGAAGUAUCCAAGCGCAUGUUCUUUCCUGGAGGUGGUCCCAGUGGUCAAGUGCAGGUCUCUGUGAACCCUGUCGAUGCUGAGAAGACGCUGCAAUCGAUCGAUUUUACCGAGUCUUCUACAUCUAUUCGCCAUGUAUUCAUUCGAGUGACAGCAUGUGGCUCCUCGGCGAACGAAAAGAUGGCAGAGCAUUACGCGAGUGCGUUGAAACUAGCCAUUACCCAGACAUUCACUAGACUGAGUGAAGAUCUUGAGUUGGAAGUGGAAUGUAUCGUGGAGACCACAGCAGCUACAAACCAGAAGAAGAAGGCUUCUAAAGUCCUUAAAGCAAAGGAGAAAACUGCUGUCUCUUCCCUUGUCGUGCUGGAGACUGCAACCAACGGGAUCAUUUCACUCGACCGUACGGUUAACGUGAAUGAGUCUACCGCCAGUAUUCUUGCCGAUCAGAUGAGUUCGAAGCUCAGCGAGUACGUCCAGAGUGGCACAUGUGUUGAUGAACAUCUCGCUGAUAACGCCGUGGUGUUCAUGGCGUUGGCACAAGGUACUUCUCGUUUACGUGUACCAUGCAAGGCACAACGUACAUCACAGCACUUAGAGACGGCGUUGGAAAUUGCAAGUCGUCUUACGGGUGCUGCAUAUCGACUCUUGGAGGAAGAGACCUCAGCUAUUAUCGAAGUUGACGGUGUUGGUCGUCGCCAAUGCGUUUCAAGACCAUAG